CCGGCUACACAUUUUACUUCAGUUUAUUUCCCUAAGGCUCCUGGCACUGAGGUCGAGUUCCUGAACAUGGGUACUUCCCUGUCCCAGCCUUUCGAGAUUGAUAAGAUCGCCUCGGCUCCUCAGGCCGCCUCUCCCGCUAGCCGUGCGCCCCUCGAUGCACCCGGAGCCCAGACCUCCCCCGAGCAGCCGCCCGCACUUAGGAACUGCUGGAGCUGUCGCGUGCUCUCCGGGUCGGGGUUGAUAGGUGCGGGCUGUUACGUGUACUGGGUUGCACGGAAGCCAAUGAAGCUGGGAUACCCCCCGGGUCCAGGAACUGUUACCCAGAUGGUCAUCGGCAUCAGCAUUGCUUGUUGGGGUGUAAUCAUCCUGUCAGACCCCAAGGGGAAGUUCCACCCGUGAAUUUGUCAUCUGUCCCUGUCUCCAUGACACACAGAGCAAGCAUUGAGCUGAUGGAUGUUCUGGACAGACAACAUGGACAUUGGCAUACUUCAGUUCUGCAGAUACUACAAGACUGAAAAGACCAACAUUAGUUGGCAAUCUUUGGCCAUGACUGUUUGUGGCCUUCUAGGGCUCCACAAGGACCAAUAAAUACCUCAGAGAACAGAACCGGUUCUUUGUCUUACCUGGGGAAGAAGAGUAUAAUAAAAAUAAAAUAAAAAAACCCUGGCCGGGUAACUCAGUCCAUUAAAGCUUCAUCCCAAUAGGUCAAGGUUACGGGUUCAAUCUUCAGUCAGGGCAUAUACAAGAAUCUACUAAUGAAUGCAUAAUCAAGUGGAACAACAAAUUGAUAUUUCUUUCUC